UAUCCCUAGAUCCCUAUCAUUCAUCAAUACAUACAUAAUAAAAUUAACACUCUGAAAAUCUAACCGACUAUAAGCGUAUUACAAUGUUGAUGUUUGUCCCACGCUGUUACAACAGGACACUCUAUUUUGCUCCAUUUGCUGGAAUGAAUUCAUAGUUGCAAUUAGAAACAAAAUUGGACUUUUAUAUUAAAUUAAUACAUUGAACACAGUAUAAAUCAGCUAAGACGAUCUUUUGAUAAUGGAUGCCGACCUCUAUGACGAGUUUGGCAAUUAUAUUGGCCCCGAUUUAGCCUCUGAAUCUGAAGAUGAAAAUGAAUAUGAUAAUGUUGGAGAUGAUACUGAUGAGCGAGAACGAUCAGAUGAAGAGAUGGAGGAGGAUAAAGAUGAACAGAGGGAUAAUUUGGAGCAACAAUCAAUGUCGGUAGUUUUGCAUGAGGAUAAAAGAUAUUAUCCAAGUGCCCUAGAAGUUUAUGGGCCAGAUGUGGAAACUCUGGUUCAAGAAGAAGAUGCCCAGCCAUUGGACAAACCACUGAUUGCCCCAACAAAAAGAUGCAAGUUUCAAAUAAAAGAACAGGAAUUACCAGAGACAACUUACAAUAUUGAAUUUCUUGCUGAUAUGAUGGAUACACCCCAUUUAAUUCGUAAUGUUGUACUUUUGGGUCAUCUUCAUCAUGGAAAAACAACGCUUGUUGAUUGUCUGGUAAGACAAACACAUCCCAACAUUCACAGUGUAACAGAUGAAAAACCCCUGAGAUAUACAGACACUCUAUUUACUGAGCAACAGCGUGGUGUCUCUACAAAAGCCACUCCAGUGACUUUGCUCUUGCAAGAUGUCAAAUCAAAAUCCUACCUAAUGAACAUCUUUGAUACUCCAGGGCAUGUGAAUUUUUCCGACGAAGCAACAGCUGCAAUAAGAAUGUCAGAUGGGGCUAUUCUAGUUGUUGAUGCAGCUGAGGGAGUUUUAUUGAAUACAGAGCGACUCUUGAAACAUGCAAUCCAGGAAAAAUUAGCUCUAACUGUUUGCAUAAACAAAAUUGAUCGACUCAUAUUGGAAUUGAAACUACCUCCUCUGGAUGCUUAUUACAAAUUGCGUCACAUAAUUGAAGAAAUUAAUGGUCUAAUUGCCCUUUACUCAGACAGUGAUAAUCCAACUUUUGUUUCACCAGCAAUGGGCAACGUUUGUUUCGCCUCAUCAGAGUACAAUGUCUGCUUCACAUUGAAAUCCUUUGUAGCCCUUUAUGCUCGACAAUAUUCCAAUAUUAAUAUCAAUGAAUUCUCAAAGAGACUCUGGGGUGAUUUGUACUUCAAUUCAAAGACUAAAAAAUUUAUGAAAAAACCUCCACAUAAUACUGCACAAAGAUCUUUUAUUGAAUUUAUCCUGGAGCCUCUCUACAAGAUUUUUGCUCAAGUUGUUGGUGAUGUAGAUACAACAUUACCCUCGGUACUGGAUGAAUUGGGUAUUAGAUUGACAUCGGAGGAAAUGAAAAUGAACAUCAGACCCCUGUUGAGACUAGUCUGCACAAGAUUUUUUGGUGAUUUGUCCGGGAUCGUAGAUAUGUGUGUGCAUCAUGUACCAAGUCCUCAGGAGCACGCAUCAUCCAAGGUACAGCACGUUUAUACAGGUCCUAUGGAGUCAGAUUUAGCUAAGGAUAUGAUAAAUUGUAAUCCCGAUGGAAGACUCAUGAUACACAGUACUAAAAUGUAUCCCACUGAGGAUUGCACAUUAUUUGUUGUUCUUGGAAGAAUAAUGUCGGGAACUUUGGAGGCAGGCCAAAAAGUUCGAGUUCUUGGUGAAGCAUAUUCCAGAGCUGAUGAAGAAGAUUCGAGAGUUUUAAGUGUUGGUAGACUUUGGAUCAGUGAAGCCAGAUAUUCCAUUGAAUUAUCUAGAGUACCUGCUGGCAAUUGGGUUUUGAUUGAGGGCAUUGAUAGGCCCAUUGUCAAAACCAGCACUAUUACAGAUAUCAAUAAUUCCCAAGAUUUGCACAUAUUCAGACCAUUGAAAUUCAAUACCCAGAGUGUUAUAAAAAUUGCUGUUGAGCCAGUCAAUCCGUCAGAGUUGCCCAAAAUGUUGGAUGGACUCAGAAAAGUCAAUAAGAGUUAUCCUCUAUUGGGCACUAGGGUUGAGGAGAGUGGUGAACAUGUUGUUUUGGGGACUGGAGAGCUUUAUUUGGACUGUGCUAUGCACGAUUUGAGAAAAAUGUAUUCAGAAAUUGAUAUCAAAGUGGCAGAUCCUGUCGUAGCUUUUGCAGAAACUGUUGUCGAAACGAGCUCUCUCAAGUGUUUUGCUGAAACGCCCAACAAGAGAAAUAAGUUGACCAUGAUUGCCGAGCCUUUGGAAAGAGGUUUGGCAGAGGACAUUGAAGCUGAAAAUGUGAAGAUCACAUGGAACAAAAAACGCUUGGGUGAAUUUUUUCAAACAAAGUACGAUUGGGAUCUUCUGGCAGCGAGAAGUAUCUGGGCAUUUGGACCUGACUCUACUGGGCCAAAUAUUCUUGUUGAUGAUACCCUACCCUCGGAAGUUGAUAAAGCAUUGUUAAGUAGUGCUAAAGAUGCCAUUGUGCAGGGUUUCCAAUGGGGGACGAGAGAGGGUCCUUUAUGCGAAGAACCAAUUCGCAAUGUCAAAUUCAAAAUUUUGGAUGCUGUUAUUGCACCUGAGCCUCUACACAGGGGUGGAGGACAAAUCAUUCCAACUGCCCGACGUGUUGCCUAUUCGGCAUUUUUAAUGGCAACUCCACGUUUGAUGGAACCCUAUUUAUUUGUAGAAGUCCAAGCUCCUGCUGACUGUGUUUCCGCUGUUUACACAGUUCUUGCCAAACGUCGUGGUCAUGUCACACAAGAUGCACCGGUACCUGGAAGCCCUCUCUACACAAUUAAGGCAUUUAUACCAGCCAUUGACAGUUUUGGCUUUGAAACAGAUCUUCGGACGCAUACACAAGGACAAGCCUUUUGUUUGUCAGUAUUUCACCAUUGGCAAAUUGUUCCCGGUGAUCCGCUGGAUAAAAGUAUAACAAUUAGACCAUUGGAACCUCAGCCCGCUACACACUUGGCACGAGAAUUUAUGCUCAAAACGAGAAGGAGGAAAGGACUCUCUGAGGAUGUUUCUAUCAACAAGUUCUUCGAUGAUCCCAUGUUGCUUGAAUUGGCUCGUCAAGAUGUCCUUUUAAAUUACCCACUUUGAAUGAUGCAUUAUUUCUUUCCUUCCUUUGUGUUUUCUUUUUGUUUUUUUUUUUCAAGUGAAAUCAAUUCUAUAUUUUUUCUCAAAAAUAUUUUCAAAUUGUGAAUAAAUAAUGCCUUUUCAAUAUCAGAACAAUAUUAGAAAUGAGAAAAUUUCAAAAUGGGCCUUUUUAUUUUUCACUUUGAUAUUAGCAGCAACAAUCAUGUGGCUUAUUAGAGGAAAGAUUGAGGCUUUACUCAGAAUUACGGUUGCACGUAAUCACCAGCUGAUUAUAUGGAUUCGACAAUGAUUUCUGAUGAUGCCCCCACAAGGCUAAGAAACACAAAGAGUAAAUGAGUAAAAAUUGUUGAAAUAAUACAGUGUCGCAGUCCUAGCGGCCCCGAAUACGUCGAGCCGAGUGGGUUCGUUAGCAAGGCCUUGGCACCGGCGGCAACCCUGUUAUUAUAUGGCUAGGCCCAUCUUUUCUUUUAUUUUUUUUUAUUUUCUUUCUUUCUUUUUUUCUCCAUUACCCCUCUCUUGUAUCUAAUAUCCAAUUCUCAAAUGCAGCUAUAAACGAUUAAUUCUCAUGCUCCAUGGCCAUGAAUAUUUUCGUGUUUUUUCACCUUUAUUUAGCGGCGGGGGUAUUGUUGAAUCACAAUUCAUUUUUGCCAAUUUCAAUUAAUAGCUUCAUUAGAGGCUUUCAAUUUAUUCCCUUUCACUAGACAUUUGAGGCAAAAGUGUAAUCCUAUUGAAAUCUUUUCUGCGAAGGAAUGAAAAUAAGUGACGAGGUAGAU